GCACCUGCCCCACACAAUGCCCCACUAUCUGCCCCCCUGUUAUUAAAGCCACCGGUCUGAAGUCCCGGAGGAUCAGAUAAGACCGGGUUGACCUCCGGGUCACGGAUCCGGCCUCCUCCGGGACAAAGACCGUCCUGUGGGUCCCUGGGUCCGGACCCCACCCAGUAACAGGAACCCAACGGUGAUAAGCUCCGGCUCCGGCGUCACCUGAUACCGGCUGAACCGAACCCCUCAGGUGGACAAUAAACACACCUGAGGGUUCAUUCUGGUUCAGAACUAAACCACAACAGCUUCAAGAAGGCUUCAUCGAUCCAUUUAUCUGUGUUCAAUGAGGAAAACACAACUUCUGCAGCCAACGCACCACAAAUAAGAUUUCCGUCUCUCUGUGGUUGUUUUGCAUCCAGUAAUUCUUUUUGUCUAAGAAGUGACUGUUGAUGUACGAAUCAUGUUCCUGAAAAGGAUUUUCAUCUUAUUUGCUGUUGAAAACGGACUUUGUGCUGGAUCCAUCUUCUGUCCGGAUCCAGAGACCAGCGACCAAAGCACAGAUCACAUGACUGAUUGUCUCGGCCUUCGCUUCACCUGGCUCCACUCGGUCUUUGAUAAUUUCCCGUCGCUGCUGAGCUUCGCGUCGAGGCUCCGCUGCCGGACGGGGAUUUGUCCACGCGACCUGGAAGAUUACGGCUGCUGCUGCAGGGUGGCGGCGGCCGGAAGCCCCGUGGAUCCUCUGGCCGGCUGCUGUGAGGCUCAUCGGUCAUGUUACCAGAACGCUGCCCCCUGCAGGCAGCCCCUGGUUCUGCCUCCGUACAACUUCACCUGUGCAGCGGCAAACAUCAGCUGUGAUGCUGGUGACUCGUGUCAGCAGAGGUUUUGUGAAUGUGACCAGGCUGCCAUCGACUGCGUGACUCAGAGUCCCUACAACUCGACUCUGAGAGGCUUUGACGAGUCUCAGUGCUCAGCUGGGAAUCAAACAGAUCUGCUGGGCAUCUCGGAGGCCUUCAGAGGAGCAGAUGUUCUCUCAGCAGUCAAUGAGUCUGCCAGCUACCAGUUCUCCAACUCCUCCUUCCUGUCAGCAGCAGAGAUGGAUUCGCUAAUGAUCGACGGACUGGAGAACCAGAAUGACACAGCGGGGAUGGACGGUGACCUCAUCACCCCAGCGCUGGCCACGCCCUCCCUGCCGACGCCUGCUGAGGAGUGGGAGGAAGAGAAGGAAGAGCCGACACACCUGAGCUUCGUCUCUGAAGAUCUGAAUGAAGCCGUGGCAGAGGAAGCACGCGAGAUUAAAAAGGAUCCGAUGACCCACAAUCCUCCAGGAACCAGCCCGGAUUCAGUUUCAGACGGAGAAACAGGAAGUGAAGCAGAAUCUGAGUCGUUUAUUUCUGGAAACACAAAGACGAAUCGAAGCGAAACAUCAACCACUGAUGGGACAUCAGCUCCCCUCAGGACUACAACUCCCCUCAGGACUACAACUCCCAGAGAGCUGACAUCGAUGCCUGUGGAGGAUUCAGCAGAGGAAGCAAAACCUCAGAUGAGUCCAGACAUGGAAAUAACAACCAAUGAGAAACCUCCUAUGUCAUCUGAAGAAGAAGAAGAGGAUGAAAAUGAAGAUGGUGAUGAAGAAGAGCAGGAAGCAUCUGAUGAACACAUUAUUAAUUUGCUCACAACAACAAGAACAACAACAACAACAACAACAACACCACAGUCAGUCAUGACACCGUUUGUUGAAUCCAAUGAAGUGAAAGAAAACUCGACGCCGAUUGACUUGAAAACAUCAAAUUCUCCAACAGGUCCAGAGUUUCCCAUCAGAACCACAACGAGGUCCUUGCAAACUGAUCCGCCAGGAACCGGUCCAACCGCUCCGAGCCGAGGUCUGGAAGCUCCAACAUCUGCAGGAGAAACAACGUCUACAGGAAGACGAAGCUCGAUGACAGCAGCUGGAAACUCUCCGAACUUCACCACAACUGAAGCUGAAUCUGAAAUGAAACAACAAAAUGGAGAAAUAAAAGCAGACGAAGCUCCGUGUGAAGAUGAAAACCAGACGGGCGACUCUCCGGAGGAAGACGACUGGGAUGCAGCUCAGAAGAGGACGGUUCCGUUCUUCGCCUGGUCGCUGCUGGAGUCUGUUGGAUUAACAGAUAUUCAGCUGCAGACCGACAGCAAAGAAUGCAGCUUCACCUUCAGCCUCUACGGCAGCGAUGGUCGAACUCGCCGUCAGAUGCCGGCGCUGGGAGAGAUGCUCCACUGUCUGACGGGUCGAUGUCCUCACGAGUACGAGAUGUAUGGAUGCUACUGUGGACAGGAAGGAGGAGGACAGCCUCUGGACCAGCUGGACAGGUGUUGUUUCUUCCAUCACUGCUGUCUGAAGCAGAUCACCUCGAUGGGCUGCCGGUCGGACAGGAAGCUCAACGCUCAGAUCACCUGCGAGAACAGAAAACCUCGAUGUCAGGGCGUCACCGUGUGCGAUAAGCUGCAGUGUGUUUGCGAUAAAACCACGGCUGAAUGCAUGUCGGCGGCUCACUUCAACCACAGCCUGCCGUCGCAGCGCUGCAGCGGACCAGAACCGCCCUGCCGCCGGGCCAGCAGACCCCCCAAACCCCCCAGGGUUCCAGCCCAGUCCAACGAGGAACCGCCGGGGGGAGGGAGCAGCCAACAGGACACGUCUGCAGAUACCAGCACCCCUCCACCAGCACACCUGCAGGACAGUAAUGAAAGCUCCAACCUGAAGGACGACGGCGAAUCAACAAGUCGUCCUCUUCAUCUUCAUCCUCCUCUUCAUCUUCAUCCUCCUCUUCAUCGUCCUCCUGAAUCAAGUGAGGACAGUAAAGAGUCGACGACAGCGAGCAGGAUUCAAACCCACAACCUGAAACCGAGUGAAGGAAAACCAGGAGGGAGGGAAGAAGAAGAAAAACAAGAAGAAGAAGAAGAAGAGGAGGAGGAAGAAGAAGAGGAGGAAGAAGAGGAGGAGGAGGAAGAGGAGGAGGAAGAAGAAGAGGAGGAGGAGGAAGAAGGCAUCUAGAAAGAAUCUUUCUUUUCAUCGGCAGCUUUAGGAGUCACUGUUUUCUUAGAAAAUUUUGUAAUUUACAGAAAUCAGAUGUCUUUGAUUUUCAGGCAGUUCUUUUUUAAAUUUGGAAUAAAAACAGCAGAAACUCGA